GAAUGUAAUUAAAAAAUAAUAAAACCGAUGUAUUUUUGCAUAAUGUUUUGCAAAAAGAUAAUUCAUUAAAUGUGAACAUUUUCAGAAUGUACUUUUUGCACUAAAACAAAGAAAAAAUGUGAAGUUGUAUUCAUAGGUUAUUAUGCUGUGAUUUUACUGGUCACUUGAGAUCAAAUUGGGCUGAAUGUGGCCCCUGAACUAAAAUGAAUUUGACACCCUGCUUCCAUCAUCAACAGCCACCAAUCAGGGAAGCUGUUGAGUUGCUUAGCAACAGAACUCACACAAACAACAGACAGCAUGUUCACUUGUAGAUGCAGUGUUUCCCUACAGGUCAAGCUAAUGAAAACAUUAAGGUCCUCUUGAUAUUUGUUCCUGUUCUCUUGUUCUUGCUGCGAUGGCUGAAAUCAUCAUGUGUGAACCGUUUGAGCUCUACAACCUCCUGAACCAGCGCCGCUGUGUGUCGAGGCUGGCAGAGAUCAACUACCUCUGUUUGGUGGAUGCUCGUGAAACCCAAGAUUACUACACGAGUCACAUCGUAACAGCUAUUAACGGCAAACUGGAUUCAAAGGACACAUUCCUGCUGCCAGAGGUCGUGGAGGUGGACAGUAUGCAUCAUGUGGUGGUUUACGACAGCAACACAAGCUGUUUACAGGAACAAGGUAGAGCAGUCGACUGUGCUCAGACUCUGGCGAAGGCGAGUCUCCAUCCAGUCCAUGUAGUCAGAGGAGGAUUUGAGAAGUUCUCUGCGCUCUACCCUUUUUUAAGGACUGAGAAAAUCCUUUACACCAUCAUGGAGCUGGAGAACCUGAAGGUUUAUCCAGUGGAGAUCGUACCAGAACUGCUGUAUAUGGGUGACCAGAAGCAAAGCGUGGACACAAUCGUCCUCAGAGACCUGAAAAUCAGCGCCGUCAUCAGCAUCUCACAGAGUGACGCUCCAGAAUGUAGGUCUAUCAAGGGGAACCAGACCAUCAACAUCCCAGUUGCUGACACUGUGGUGUCUGAUUUAUAUUCAAGUUUUGGAAGGAUCUGUAGUUUUAUUGGUUCACACAUCAACGUUGACUCUCGUGUCCUGCUAGCUUCCAGGCAGGGAAGAAGCCGCUGCAGUGCUGUGGCCGUUGCUUUUCUCAUGCAUCACCUCAAAUACUCUCUGGAGGAGGCCUGGAAGUACGUUCUGAAAUGUAAACCCGCCAUGAGGCCCAACUCUGGGUUUCUGCAGCAGCUGUCUGACUGGGAGCUUCACAUCAUGGGAACAAAGCUGACUGACAUCUCUGGACUUUAAUUUUAACAAAGAACGGUUAUGACAACGCUCUGGAUAAACAAAUACUACUGCAUACAAUAAAAAAAGAGAAAACAUGUCAAUUUUAGCUGCCAGCGAAUUUGAAACUUUUGCAACUCAGAGGUUGCAGCUCUCCAGAGCUGAGGAAAUUUAAUACUCAGAGUGUGCUGUCUUGUUAAAUCUUCAUAGUUCCACAUAGAUCACACUAACUUCUAAAGAAUGUACUCUAUGUGGCCGUAUUAAUGAGUUUAAUUAGGUGAACUUUGGAUUAAAUCCACAUUGACUCUAUAAUGAUGGAAUUAUCAGAUACUCAUGAGUCACUUAGUGUCACCUAAAUUUAUAAUUUCAUAAAAACACAAAAAAAAUGGAAAUUGUUGACAUAACAGCAUUAAUUUUAUUUUUGGAGUGUGUGCUUUGUGCUGACACUCUAUCUAGAAAUAGGCUACCAUUGGACAGAAUAAAGUAUUUUCAUAAAACCAUGAAAACUAACCUUUAGUUUGCACCUUCAUAGAAACAUGCAAUUUCAGGGGUCGAUGCAAAACAAUAGGAUAAUAAAUGAAUUGUGUAAAAAGUCCAUAAAAACUGUCAUUAAAUAUCCAUUUGAAGGGUCAUUAAAUCACUCAAUUUAAUCAUUAAACAUGGGUAAAUUAAUAGAGCCUCAAUGCAGAACGUUAACCUAAUUAGUUUCAUAGUGAUUAUUAAUGGCUAAUUAAGGUAUUUAAUUAUAAUCUAAUUUGAAUUAAUUAUUUCAAUUUAGAUAAAAUAAUGGAUUUUAAUUGAUUUUGCAAGGUUUUAAGGGAAAGAAACCCCCCACAUUCACCCAAAAGCCACCAAACCAGCCCUUGUGCCUUAAUCAGAAACCUUUAGACACUUUUAGGUAUUUAUUCAGGAGUCAUUUUUAUGGGAUUUCAAAGUAUGGAUGUUUCCUCCUGAAAAACUCCUUAAACUGUGCAAAAACUCCAAUAAAAAGACUUUUUCACUCCA